AUGGUGACGGGGGGCGUGUGUCAGAUCGCCAGGUGCUGUAACUAUGACGUGCGAUUUCCACACGUUCUAGAGCCACCACAAGCUCCAGUUCUUCGCGAGAUCUCCCGGCCGCAGGUCCUGGCCCCCGGGGAGCAGGUCACACUGAGCUGCCAAAUAUCCAGGUUCUACCCCAAGGAGCUGAGCGUGACCUGGUACCGACGGGGAAGGGGAGAGUCGGAGUUCAGGUGCUUAAACAACCUGGACACCCACAAGAUUGUCACCCCAGACCCCACAGCCGCGCCAGACAGGAAAUCCUACAGCGUGACGUCCCAGCUCCGCCUCACCCCCGUGCUGCCCGAGGACGACGGGGCAGAGUACCGGUGUUCUGUGGAACAUCAAACCCUGCAGGAGCCUGAAGGAAAAUCCACUGGGCCGCUGGAGCUGCGAGCCCGGCCGCAGGUGUCCGGGAUCCAGGUGUUACCGCAGUGGGAGCCCCCAGAGGAGGUGCCGUUUGCUGUCCAGAUCCAGAACUUUUACCCCAGGGGGAUUCACCUCAUCGAGUGGAGCUGUGAUGGGGCAGAGAGAUGGAGAGACGAGACCCCAGAAAUCAACGAGAACCCGGAUCUCACGUUCAGUGCUACCAGCGUCUGGAGAAUCCCCAGCCGGGAACUGAACCAUCCGGAGCUCAGAGUCCGAGUGUUUGUUCAGCAAAGCCCCCGAGAGCUCCUGAUCAAAAGAGAGAUCAGAGCCGGGGACACAGGUCUCCUGCGGCCCCCGAAGGUGUCGGAAAUCUCCCAACCCGAGUCAGUGACGGCGGGGGAGGAAAUCACCCUGAGCUGCCGCAUGGUGGGGCAUUUCCCCGGGGAGCUGAGAGUGACCUGGCUCCGGAGGGACAGGGGGGCCAGGGCUGCUGUUCCCCUGCAGGGCUCUGCCGAGUACAGAAUCGAGCCCGGAGCUCCCCACACACAGGACGGGAAAAGCUUCCAGCAGGAGACGAGACUCAGCUUCACCCCCUCGGUGCAGAGAGACCAGGGGGCCGAGUACGUCUGCCGGGUGGGACACGUCGCCCUAGGGACCCCCCUGGAGAGACGCAGCCGGGAGCUCCAGGUGACAGGACGUGCAGAUUCUGCACCAACCAAACCAUCUGCAUCUGAGAACAGGAGUCGAGACGCAGAGCCCGCGAGUAGCCCGGGGGCAGCUGCUGUGACUGGCCCACUGGUGGAGGAGAGGGCAGGUGACACGGCACCAAAAGGCAACGCAGGGGGAGAUGGUGGGGCUGAGACCAAGUCAGAGAAUGACACACACAAAGGCACCACAACGACACAGAAUGACACGGCCCCAGCCACACCGGCAAGGGAACAGGCCAGGGAUGGUGCAGACGGCCCCACACCAGCAAAGAGGGGCACAACCAGCGACACAUCAGCAAGGGAACAGGCCAGGGAUGGCGCAGACGGCCCCACACCAGCAAAGAGGGGCACAACCAGCGACACAUCAGCAAGGGAACAGGCCAGGGAUGGCGCAGACGGCCCCACACCAGCAAAGAGGGGCACAACCAGCGACACAUCAGCAAAGGAACAGGCGGGAGACAACACAGCCGAUGAGAGCACAACCAGCGACACAUCAGCAAGGGAACAGGCGGGAGACAACACAGCCGAUGAGAGCACAACCAGCAACACAUCAGCAAGGGAACAGGCCAGGGAUGGUGCAGCCAGCCCCACACCAGCAAAGGGGGGCACAAGCAGCUACACAUCAGCAAAGGAGCAGGCAGGAGACAACACAGCCGACGAGGACACAACCAGCGACGCGUCGGCGAAGGAGAAGGCAGGAGACGACGCAGACGACGAGGACACAACCAGCGAACUGGCAGAGGGCGGCCCAGGCGGUGCCAGGCCAGCAAUCGGUGUGGUAGGAGACAGGGUCGCCAGCACCACCCCAGUGACUAAAGUGGCACCAGAUGCCGUGGUCAGUGCCCCUCCAGCUGGGGGCCCGGAGCCCAAUGCUGAGGCCAGUGCCACACGCGGGGGAGAUGAUGCAGACAGGGCCGAGCGGGUGGAAGAAUUUGGGGUAGAUGGGACAGCAGGUGCCUCUCCAGGCAGCUCCGAGCAGACAGCGUAGCCAGGGCUGUGCCAGCUGCCCACCAGGGGAGGUCGUGUGGCCAUUGCUGCCAUGCUGGGGGAGCCGGGGGCGGCCGAUGGCGUGUGUCAUAAAUAUAGAGGGAAGGAUAAGAACCUCUCUGUAUGCAGUGGCAUCAAAUCCCUCCUUGGCAGCUGAACUGAAUCGCCUCACCCGUAAGGGGUUAAACAGUCAAUAAUCUGGUUGGCACCUGACCAGAAGAACCAAAGAUACUUCCAAAUCUGGGGGAGAAGGUUAGUUGUUUGUUCCCUCUCCAGACAGGGAAAGAAGCCAGGCAGGUACAACAUCUCCUGAAAAUAUACCUGGAAUAAUCCAUCUAAAACCACAGAAACUGUAAGUAAGGCAAAGAAAUGUGUUAGGUUAUCUUUAGUUUUAGCUUGUGACUUGUAGCUUCCUAUGCUACAAAGGUAGUUUUAGUCCUGUUUUUGUAACUGUGACGCUGAGUCCUCUGUGUUUUAAAUCUUUUUCUUUACCCUGUAAAGUUACCUUCCAGCCUGAUUUUGCAGGUGUGAUUCUUUUACUUUUUC